GGGUAUAAGACAUACUAAAACUUGGAAUAAUGCUUUACUCUCUAAGACCCUUUGGGAUAUUCACCUUAAACGAGACACACUUUGGGUGAAAUGGGUGCAUGGAGUCUAUCUUAAAGGUAGAUGUGUGUGGGAAUUUUCCCCACACACUAGGGACUCCCAGCUUACUAAGAAGCUAGGGCUGAUCCGAGACAUCCUUGUCUCAAAAUAUGACUCCAUUGAGACCACAAUAGCAGCCCUCUCUAAAAUGGUUACAAAUGGGAAAUUGUGCUCUUCAAAUGUGUAUGACUUGAUUCGAGUUAAGGGCACUAAACAGAUGUGGAUGCCCUUUAUUUGGAAAGCUUACAUACCUCCUAAGUUCUCAUUCAUUGCAUGGCUUGCCUUCCGCAAUCGCCUUGCAACGUAUGAUAAUCUUAGUAGGCUUGAUGUGAUUAACAUUUGUCCAUUUUGCAAGGGUGAACCGGAGACGGUGCCACACCUUUUCUUUGGUUGUCAAUUUACAGGCACAGUUUGGAGCAAAGUAAGAGCAUGGAUUGGAAUACCUAGACAGAUGUCUACUCUGGAAAGCUCAGUUAAGUGGAUUAGGAAGGAGCAUGCAGGUGCGGGGAUCAAGGCCAAGGCAGUCAGAAUUGCAUUCAUAUAUACUAUAUACUGGUUAUGGAGAGUUCGGAAUGCCACCAGAUUUGAUGAUAAGAAGACCCAAGAGGAAGACGUUUUUGCCAGGAUCCAAUACAUGGUGUAUAAGAUCCUCUAUAGUAUUUACCCUCAUGAGCUUAUUACGUUUUGAAAUUUUAUAGGGUGCGGCUACAUGCCUUUUUUGUGUGAUUUGGGACUGAUUGUAUAGCCCACAGGUCUAUGGUAUAUCCCAUGUUGGGAUAGCCCCAUUUUUGUCCCCCACUUUUUUGCCUUACUUGUACAGAAACUCUUUUGGAUGAUAUAUAUAAUUACCCUUUAUCCAAAAAAAAAAAAAAAAAAACAAUAACAAUAACAAUAACAAUAACAAUAACAAUAACAAUAAUAAUAAUAAUAAUAAUAAUAAUAAUAAUAAUAAUAAUAAUAACAACAAUAACAACAACAAUAACAACAACAAUAAGGUUGUUUUUACUUGGACUGUAAUUCGUCCCAGACUAGACCAGACCAGACCAAAACAGAUCAGACCAGAUCAGCAAAUUACAGUCCAAGUAAAAACAUCCGAAUAAUAAUAAUAAUUAUAAUAAUAAUAAUAAUUAGGGGUGUGCACUAUCUGGUUUAAACCGG